AUGAAGUAUAUCUGCUGGGGGGCUGUAGAGGUGUAUGUAUGUGUUGUUAUGAAGAUAUUAUCGUGGAACAUCAAAGGGCAGGGGAAGAAAAUGAAGCAAAGCAAGCUUAAGAAGCUCUUUCAGAAAAGAAAUGUGGAUAUGGUGCUCCUCCAAGAAACAAAAAAAUCAGAAAUCUCUAAAGUAGAAAUAAAAUCCAUGUGGGUGAGAGAUAAAGUAGAGCUUUUGGCUGUGGAUUCGGAAGGCUCAGCUGGUGGUUUACUUUGUGUCUGGGAUCUAGAUGUUUUUCCAAUUUCAGAAAGCUGCAGCAACAAGAGAUUUCUCCUUCUGUCAGGUACAUUUUUUCAUUCUUUUGAGUGUGUUAUUUUAAACAUCUAUGCACCUAAUGAUGUAGGCUUAAGAGGAAAGCUAUGGAAAUGUUUAGUAAAGCUGAAGGAGGAAUUCCCUAAGCCUUUGUGCAUGGGUGGGGACUUCAAUGAGAUCAGAAACAUUGGUGAAAGAAAAGGGUGUUCAAGAAGGGAUAAAGGCAUGAGGGAAUUGAAUGGGUUCAUUGAUAAAUGCGAAGUAUCUGAUCUACCUUUGCUAGGAAGGAAGUAUACCUGGUGCAAUUCAUGUGAAGGUGAAAAGUGGAGUCGAAUUGACAGAGUUUUAGUAGACCCGAAAUGGUUAGAGUCUUUCAAGUUAAAAUUAUGGGGACUGCCAAGGUUACUGUCUGAUCACAGUCCUCUUCUACUAAUAGAGGAUGAAAGGGACUGGGGCCCUAAACCCUUCAGGGUCCAGAAUGCAUGGUUCCUACACAAAAACCUUCACUAUUUUUGGGAAAACAGUUGGAAAGAGGCCAGAAUAGAAGGCUGGGCUUGGUUUAUUUUGUUAAAUAAAUUGAAGACUUUGAAGGCAGGCCUAAAAAAAUGGAAUGUGGAGGUCUUUGGUAAUGUAAUCAAUAAUCUAAAAGCAGCUGAGAGUGAACUGCACAAUUUUGAUCUUGUUGCUAAGAAUAGAGAUCUUGAUGAAUCUGAAAAAACAAGAAGAAGAGAGGUUAGAGGAGAAGUGUGGAGGUUGAGUAAGAUGGUGGAGAGACUAUGGUUUCAAAAGUCAAGAUUAAAUUGGGCUUUAAAUGGAGACAAGAAUACAAGAUUUUUUCAUGUCAUGACUAAAUGUAGACAAAUGAGGAAUGAAAUCAAUUCAAUUACAGAGGGGGAGGUGAUGUAUGAGGUCCCCUGUCAAGUGAAGAAAAGAGUGUUUGAGUUCUUCAAAACUCAUUUUUCUGAGGACAGGGUAGAGAGACCUGAAUUAGGAGGCUCAUUCAAAUCAGUGCAAGGGUGUUGUGGUUUUGAAAGGCUGGAGGAAGUGUUCUCAGAAGCUGAAAUUAAAUCUGCAGUGAUGGACUGUGAUGGCAAGAAAGCACCAGGGCCAUAUGGUUUUAAUAUGGGGGUGUUUCCAGAAAUUCUGGAAUGUGAUAAAGAGUGA